AUGGCCCUCAGUGAACUGAAAUGGACUGUGUUCCAGGCCAAGGCUCUAGUCUGCUCACUGCUGCUCCUCCUAUGUCUGCCCACAGCCACAGGAAUGUCAGGGUGGGGUGGAUGUUUGGAUGGUCAGGAUGUAUUUGCAACAGUCAGAGAAAAUAGCCCUAUGGGAGAAGUUGUUGUUGAACUCAUGGCCGACACCACAGUGGAGGGGGUUCACUGGAGCCUGGACGGAAAGGAUGCUGAUUGGUUCUUCUUGGACGAAAGAAGCAUCCGGCUGAACACAUCAGCUGACAAGGUCCUCGACCGAGAGGCUCAGGAUCCGGUCCUCAUGGCUGAGUUGUCGUGUUAUGAGGAGGACGCACUUCAGAGUGUGUACAGGAUCAUGGUGGAGAUUCUCAAUGAGAAUGAUAAUUCCCCUGUGUUUGCAGAAGACACUGUCCUCUCCAUUAUUAUUAGUGAGCUGACUCCAGCAGAUACUGUGGUCUUUACUGUCCAGGCCACAGAUGCAGAUAAUGACAAGAUCAUUUACUCCAUUGAUCAGACAUCACCUGAUGCUGAGUACUUCAGGUUUGAUCUCCCCAACAGUGGAGAGGUGGUCCUGUCCAAGCCUCUAGACUAUGAGACGAAAACCCUGCUUACGGUCACCAUCCACGCCUCGGAAAUGAGCACUGCUGAGCAUUUCAAUACCAGCACCAACAUCACCAUCACCGUCCUGGAUGGAGAUGACCAGUACCCACAGUUCCUGCCCUGCAUGCUGCUUUUCCAGGAUGAGACCAGCCGCGUCUGCACCAGCCCCGUGUACACGGUCAAUGUGACAGAGGGGGAAGAGGACAUUGUGUUGGACUUCUCUCCUGGUCCCAUUCAUGCAGUGGAUGGAGACAGAGCGCUCAGCUCUCCAGUCAGCUAUGCCAUUCUCUCAGGAGACGAUGAUGGGCAUUUCCUGAUGGACAGAGAGACGGGGGAGGUGAAACUGAUCCAUGGGGUCAGAGACAGACUCACAACUCCAGUGCUGCAUCUCCAGGUCAUGGCAUAUCAGGACGACGACCCCAGGAAGUAUUCUGUUGCUACAGUGUUGGUUCAAGUUCUGGCAAUGAACCAGUUUUAUCCUGAGUUCGACAUGGCUGAAUAUCACGGCUUUGUGACUGCAGGAAAGAGCCCUGCUUCUCUGGUCAAUACCUAUGGCAGCAAAGCCCUGAUGUUACAUGUACAAGAUCAAGACUUUAACCACGGUUUCAAUCCCAUGAUCCACUUCACCUUCAGUCCGACAUCAAAUCACACAGACAUCUACCAAAUCACACAGGAGGGUCUUCUGAUCACCAGGACCAAUCAGCUCAAAGCAAAGCAGAAACACGUUCUAGAGGUAAUGGCUAUAGACAAGGAGUCCGGCGAUGCUACCUACGCUACUGUGGUGGUGGAGGUGUUAUCUGAAGGCCAAUCAAUCCCUCACAGUCCACUGGGAGAUGACCGGAUGACAGGCUGUACUGUGGGCAAAGCGCUGUUCCUGAGCAUGGUGUUCAUGACUGUACUCGGAUGUAUCCUGUUAAUGGUGAUGUGGCUGAAGAAGAAACACAAGGGAAAGAGGGACCCACUGGAGCGAGGCUGUGUGGCACAGGGCAAACACCCCAAUGUGAGCUUACGGUGGUUCCAACUGAUGAGCCACCGCAAUGCCAUGCCGCACAUGGAGGAGGUACCCUACAACAGCGAAGAAUACGGGACCUACAAUCCUUCCUUCAGCUUCCCGGACAAAACUGGCCUCUACACCCACCAAGACCUCCCCAGCUGCCGGGGACCCGUUCCACCGAGAACGACCGCUGCACCCGACACCAGCUUCAUCCCCACUGAAACAGUGCACAGCCCUGUGAUUCUCAAUAAUAAUGUUGUUACACCAACCAAAAGCUCCUCAAGUUCACCCACCAUUCACCCAGCCACUAUAGAUGUGAGUCCCACACAUAUGGCUCGAGAUGCUGCUCCACCCAAAGAAAACCCUGGUUCACCAACUGAUACAUACCCAAACCCUACUGGUUCUAGCUCUGCAACCCAUGAUGCCAAUAACAGCCCACCAUUCACCUGUCCUGAUUCCCAAACCACACAGACGACAACCAACAAUGACCCCGUCACCAGUCCCUCCUCUCAAUCCAGUAUUCCAUGUAGUCGUACCCGAAUUGCUUCGGCAGAAAUAGACAAACCUUUCUGCAAACCUUGUGUGAAGACACCCCCGUAUUCACCUUUACAGUCCUCACCCGUUUCCAAGCAGAUGAGCACACCCCCACCCAUCCCAGAACACUCAGCUUUGAAAGCCCAGCUGGUACAUAUAGAUUCGUCUUCCCUUGAUACACCCCUAGCAACACCAGAGCGAACAACUAUGACUCGAAGCACAGAGGUAGACCAACCCUCAACAUCACUGGACCAAACAGACCAAUCAGAACACCCAGGUGGGGCUGCAGAUGCAGGUAGUCCAUCUCUGGACAGAAGAAUCUCGAAAGACUCAGGAAAUACACAAGACUGCCGCGAGGUGGGGGAAGCGGAUGAAGAUGGCUUCCUGGGAGAUGAAGAUGCAGACAAAAACAGUGAGGGUGAGGGCGAGGAUGAGCUCGAGCCGGACGAAGAAGAGCUGCUGAGAGUGUUGGCUCGUUGCAACCCCAUCUUUAUCACGUUUAGUAAGUGAUGUCUCUGGAAUAUCACAGGCAGCCAACAGUGGACACGUCAUCGAAAGAACAAACACUGCAGUCUGGUUCUGCCUGUGCUGUACUGCUGAGACAAGUCAGAGAAGAAUACAUACACGAGAUAACCAGCACAUGGCCACAUGAAGGAAGACAUGCAUAUGUCGACACACUGUAUAAUAUGUAAAACUAAGCAUUUAACAACGCACAAUUAUAAUACAUACAGUAGUUGCAUUUAUACCAUACAGUUACUAGAUGACAGGAAUGCAUGACUGUAACACACAAAGCAUGGUUAAAAAAACCCCACUUCAAAUAAAAUGAAUCAGUAUGAAUUAUGAAUCGACUUUUCAAGGAUACAACAUUCAUUACAAGGUCAGUACAGCACAAAUGAAUCACUCAUGAAUCAAAUAUAUUGUCUGCGAAUGUUUACAAAUAAUAAUGAGAUUGUGUGUGUUUUCUAAAGGUAAAUCCACAUGAAAUCCCACUCCUGCAGAAGCAGUUUUGCACCCUGUGUGAUUCCCUGUAGAUUUAUCAUUGAAAUAGCUGCCGAGUGUUUAUGUUCAAAACUCUCACAUAGUGUACUGCAGCAUCAAUUGCUUUGUUACGCCUACUCUACA